AUGGGGAACCUGUUUGUGCUCUGGGCAGCUGUGGGCAUAUGCUGUGCCACAUUCAGAGCCUCUGCCUGGUCAGUGAACAAUUUCCUGAUAACAGGUCCGAAGGCUUAUCUGACCUACACAACUAGCGUGGCCUUGGGUGCUCAGAGUGGCAUCGAGGAGUGCAAGUUCCAGUUUGCCUGGGAACGCUGGAACUGCCCUGAAAACGCUCUCCAGCUCUCCACCCACAACAGGCUGAGAAGUGGUAAGUUUCCCCUGAGGAAGUUUCACGUGGCUAACUGCCAUAAAAUCCCAACAACAGAAAAGCUGAGAUGUCACAUUGAGCUGGGCCUCAGGUGGGGAGGCCAUGGCUGGAUCUGGGGAGGCUGCAGCGACAAUGUGGAAUUUGGGGAAAGGAUCUCCAAACUCUUUGUGGACAGUUUGGAGAAGGGGAAGGAUGCCAGAGCCCUGAUGAAUCUUCACAACAACAGGGCCGGCAGACUGGCAGUGAGAGCCGCCUUGAAAAGGACCUGCAAAUGUCAUGGCAUCUCAGGGAGCUGCAGUGUACAGACAUGCUGGCUGCAGCUAGCUGACUUCCGGGAGAUGGGAGACUACCUGAAGGCCAAGUAUGACCGGGCACUGAAAAUUGAAAUGGAUAAGCGGCAACUGAGAGCUGGGAACAGCGCCGAGAGCCACUGGGCACCCUCUGAGGCCUUCCUUCCUAGUGCAGAGACGGAACUGAUCUUUUUAGAGGAAUCGCCAGAUUACUGUACCCACAAUUCCAGCCUGGGCAUCUAUGGCACAGAGGGUCGCGAGUGCCUACAGAACAGCCACAACACAUCCAGGUGGGAGCAAUGUAGCUGUGGGAGCCUGUGCACUGAGUGUGGACUGCAGGUGGAAGAGAGGAGAACUGAGGUCAUAAGCAGCUGUAACUGCAAAUUCCAGUGGUGCUGUACGGUCAAGUGUGACCAGUGUAGGGAUAUAGUGAAGAAGUAUUACUGCACACGCUCCCCAGGUAAGGGGAGUGCCUGA